ACCCGCACCCAAACAAAACGAACUCCGAUUAGUAAAGGCUAAAACCCCAAAAAUGCAGUGAAAUCCCUCUAGCAUGCUCUGCGUCUCACUGCCUCUAAAACCCUUCACCAACAGAGCCUUCUUCUCCACUGCGGCGGCACUUUUAAGGCAAUGCAAGUCUCUACCGGAAGCCAAGCUCCUCCACCAGCGUAUCCUGGUCCAAGGCGGCCUCGCACACGCCGCCACCGAUCUCAUUGCCGCCUACGUCGCCUGCAAUGCUCCCUCACAAGCCCUGGGGUUGCUCCAACGCCUUGUGCCGUGCCCGUGGACUGUUUUCUGGUGGAAUGUGCUUAUACGGACCGCCGUGGGUUCUGGGUUACUUCAUGACGUGCUUAAUCUCUACCAUCGGAUGCAAAUGCUUGGGUGGCGGCCUGACCAUUAUACUUACCCCUUUGUUCUCAAGGCUUGCGGCGAGCUUCGGUCCUUCUGGCGAGGAUCGUCGGUUCAUGCCUCUGUGUUCGCAAAUGGGUUUGAGUCAAAUGUGUUUGUUUGCAAUGCGUUGGUUGCUAUGUAUGGCCGCUGCGGUGCGUUGGACGAUGCCCGUAAGGUGUUCGAUGAAUUGUCUGAAAGGGGGAUUGGGGACGCUGUGUCGUGGAAUUCGAUUGUGGCGGCUUAUGUUCAAAGUGGGGAUUCGAGUAAUGUGUUUAAAAUGUUUGAUCGGAUGAUGGGUGAUUUUAGUGUGCGCCCAGAUGCUGUUAGUAUAGUUAAUGUUCUUCCUGCUUGUGCUUCAGAUGGUAAGCCGAUGUGGGGUAAGCAGAUUCAUGGUUAUGCUAUUAGAAAUGGUUUAUUUGAAGAUGUUUUUGUGGGUAAUGCCGUGGUUGAUAUGUAUGCUAAGUGUGAGAUGAUGGAAGAGGCACGCAAGGUAUUUGAUAGGAUGAAGGUAAAGGAUGUUGUUUCAUGGAAUGCAAUGGUUACCGGGUAUUCUCAGAUUGGUAAAUAUGAGGAUGCCAUUGGUUUGUUUGAGAAGAUGGGGGAGGAAAAUAUUGAGUUGAAUGUUGUCACUUGGAGUGCUGUCAUUGCAGGGUAUGCUCAGAGGGGACAUGCUUAUGAAGCGCUGGAUGUUUUUCGGAAAAUGCAGGCUUGUAGCUCCAAGCCAAACAUUGUUACUCUUGUGUCUCUUCUUUCAGGGUGUGCCUCUGCUGGAGCAUUGAUUCAAGGAAAAGAAACCCAUUGUUAUGCAAUAAAAUGGAUCCUGGAUUUAGAAGGAAAUGACCCUGGAAAUGAUACGAUGGUAAUUAAUGGUCUGAUUGACAUGUAUACCAAAUGCAAGAGUCCCAAAGUUGCUCGAAUGAUGUUUGAUAAUAUUGAACCAAAGACAAGGAAUGUGGCGACUUGGACUGUGAUGAUCGGUGGGUAUGCACAGCAUGGGGAAGCUAAUGAGGCAUUAGAACUAUUCUAUCAGAUGCUGAGAAAGGAUUGCCCUCUAAAACCAAAUGCUUUUACUAUAUCUUGUGCCCUGAUGGCCUGUGCUCGUCUGGGGGCACUGAGGUCCGGUAAACAAAUUCAUGCUUUUAUAGUACGCAAUCAGUGUGAUUCUGGGAAGCUGUUUGUGGCCAAUUGCCUCGUUGAUAUGUAUUCAAAAUCCGGAGACAUUGAUGCUGCUAGAGUUGUGUUUGAUUACAUGCAACAAAGAAAUGCUGUUUCUUGGACUUCACUUAUGACGGGCUAUGGAAUGCACGGUCGUGGUGAAGAAGCCCUACAAGUUUUUGGUGGGAUGAUGAGUCUGGGGCUGGUGCCUGAUGGUGUAACUUUAGUUGUUGUCCUGUAUGCUUGCAGCCAUUCUGGAAUGGUCGAUGAAGGAACAAGGUACUUCAACAGCAUGAGCCAGGAUUUUGGGAUUGUUCCUGGGGCUGAACACUAUGCUUGUAUGGUUGACCUCUUGGGUCGUGCUGGCCGUUUGGACGACGCGUUGAAGAUGAUCAAAGACAUGCCUAUGCAACCAACCCCAAUUGUAUGGGUGGCCUUGCUCAGUGCGUGCAGGACGCAUGGAAAUGUUGAACUAGGUGAAUAUGCUGCACAGCGGUUAUCAGAGAUUGAGUCAGAGAAUGAUGGAUCAUAUACAUUGCUUUCGAACAUAUACGCCAAUGCCAGACGUUGGAAAGACGUGGCCAGAAUCCGAUCGUUAAUGAGAAAUACUGGCAUCAAGAAGAGGCCCGGAUGCAGUUGGGUGCAAGGUAAGAAAGGCAACGCAACAUUCUUUGUGGGCGAUAGGGCUCAUCCAAUGUCUCAAGAAAUAUAUGAGAAACUUGCAGAAUUGAUCAAACGCAUCAAAGACAUGGGAUACGUUCCCGAGACAAGUUUUGCACUUCACGACGUCGAUGAUGAGGAGAAAGGAGACCUUCUUUUCGAGCAUAGUGAGAAGUUGGCUCUGGCCUACGCAAUCCUAACUACGCCGGCAGGCCAACCUAUCCGGAUCACCAAGAACUUACGCGUCUGCGGUGAUUGCCACAAUGCCAUUACCUACAUCUCCAUGAUUGUUGAGCAUGAAAUCAUAUUGAGAGACUCAAGUCGAUUUCAUCAUUUCAAGAAAGGAUCCUGCUCCUGCCGAGGCUAUUGGUGACGAACAAAGUGUGCUCUCAUUUGUUUCUUAUUUUAAGUACCAUCAUGUAACGAUUAAUGCAUUAGAUGUAAGGUUUACGGGAAGGUCAUGUAGAGAAUUUUUAAGCAUGACGGUCACACUGUGACAUAAUGUUACUAAUCCAGACAUUGUUUGGAUAAUUUGCUAUAAGGCCAACCAUACACAAAUACACAUGCUGUGCUAUGGAUUGUCCCCAACUUCACCAACUCCAUCUACUAAGCAAUGGAGCCACUAUCUUCCCA